CUUAGAACCCUAGAUCUCUCUCAAAUUCGAUCCAUCUGCUACCUCUCUCGAGGGGUCUCUACGUUCUCUCGGGCGGAUAUUAUCGAUUGUUCUUUCUCUAGUCCUUCUCCGCGGCUCGCCUUUUCCCUACCUAAACUCGAUCUCUUCGCUGGUUUCAAUGGAGUUCGGAGCUGCUCGAAAGAGAGGGAGGCCAGACGCUGCUUUCAACGGCAAUGCGGGUUUCAAGAAAUCGAAGCAAGACAUGGAGUUCUUUCCUACUGGUAUAGGCAGCAAAUCCAAGCCUUGCACAAAGUUUUUCAGUACUUCAGGUUGCCCAUUUGGGGAGGGAUGCCAUUUUUUGCAUUAUGUUCCUGGUGGUAUUAAAGCUGUGACUCAGAUGCUUGGCAGCAAUCCUGCUCUUCCAUCAGCUCCCAGAAAUCUGGUUGCUCCUCCAUCCUUUCCAGAUGCUCCAUCAAACCCCGUCAAGACCCGUAUGUGUAACAAAUACAACACAGCUGAAGGCUGCAAGUUUGGGGACAAAUGCCAUUUUGCUCAUGGUGAAUGGGAGCUUGGCAAGCCAACAAUUCCAUCGCAUGAAGAUCCUCAUGGCAUGGGCCCAAUGGGAGGCAGGUUGGGUGGUCGGAUGGAGGCACAAGCACCAGGUCUUGCAGCUGCGGCAAGCUUUGGUGCUUCUGCCACUGCUAAGAUCAGCGUUGAUGCAUCACUGGCUGGGGCUAUCAUUGGCAAGAGCGGUGUAAACUCUAAGCAAAUUUGCCGACUGACAGGUGCAAAGCUUUCCAUUAGAGAGCACGAGUCGGACCCGAACCUAAGGAACAUUGAGCUGGAAGGAACAUUCGAUCAGAUCAAGCAAGCCAGCGCAAUGGUUCGGGAGCUCAUUGUGAACAUUGGUUCAGCGUCUGGACCUCCGGCAAAAAACCCUGGGAUGGGAGGCUUUGGUCCUGCAAGCAACUUCAAGACAAAACUGUGCGACAACUUUGCGAAAGGAUCUUGUACCUUCGGGGAGAGGUGCCACUUCGCCCAUGGAGCAGAAGAGCUGCGGAAGCCGGGAGUGUGAAGCUACUUGAGUUGAGACCUUCGGUCGGCUUGGGUGAUGGAUGAUAUUCUGCUUUGCUUUUCUUUUCUUUGCCUUCUUACUUUUGCUGGUUAGGACAGAUUUAGAUUUUGUUAUGUUAUGUUUUCAAUAGUGGGUUGGUUGGUUGCUUUGUUGGUUUUAAUUUUUCGAUCCAAAUCGAACCGAACCGAACUGGAUUGAACCAAACUGAACCGAAGAUAGUCUGGCAAAAGAAUAUGCAUGCAGGUGGGAGUUGUUUAGCUUGUUAUAUUCAGUAUUUUGGUGGAUUCUAAUUUAAUUAUAUUUGAGUACGUACGGAAUGUAACUGACACGGGUUAAUUCAGGUUGGCAUUCCAGAAAGACUCCAUAUUGCGGAGUGAGGUAGGGUAUGUUCGGUGGUCAAUAAAUGUUAUUUUCUUA